GAUAGAAAGCUUUGACCGAGCACUUCAUGUCGGUGCUUUGUUUUGUGGAGAGAGCGAUCGUCACGUUGCCCGUCCGUUCGUCUGUCUGCUGUUGUGUGGUGUCUGCGCGGGGCAUGAGCGAUCGAGCUAAUCCUGGGCUAUCAGUGCGCGAUUUCUUGUCCCGAACUUCAUACUUCAACAAUUCAUCUGAGUGUGUUUUGGUCGAUGCGGAUUUCGCUGGAGAUGCUUUUGCUGCGGAACUGGAGACAAUGGAUGCCAUGAAUCUCCAGAAUUCCUCACUUGGUUCGGUUUAAGACGCGAUCGUAAUUUUACCCGUCCAUGCCUGUCGAUCCGAACAGCGAGUACGGGAAUGUGAAUGGUUGUGGAGAUUUGGAAGUGAAAAAGAGAUUUCUUGCGGUUUACGUUUCAGGAGUUUUGUCGGACCAUUUUUAGGGUUCCAAAAGAGCGUUGCCAUGGCAGGCGCGUAUGCAAGUCUUGCGUCUGAAGCCACUGGCACUGUUCCGGCUGCAGUCGAAUCUGAUCACGUCCCUCAUUUUCAAGUAUGAAGUCAUAUUUUGAGGUGAGGGAAUUAGAGCUUAUGAACUCAGAUAAUUUCGUGAUCAAGAUAACAUUAUCUGAUAUUAGUCGCUUCAAGAUUUUCUGGAAGAGACACUGCUAUGACAACGCGGUUUGUAAUGCCAAGUACUCGAAAUUCAAACCUGCAAAUAUUUCCUCCUGCUUAUGACACAAGAGAAAACAUGACAAGUUUAUUUCGGCCUCCUAAUGAUGCUGAUGAGACGUUUUCUCAACCAGGACAUGGUGGGCAAGGCGGGCAAGGAAUUCCUGGACCAAAUCAAGCUUGGCAGGGUUAUUUCAAUGUUUUAUCAUACCGCCCAUACUUCAAUGUUGAUACAGUGGACGUGACCGAUCGUAUAAAGGAUUCAUUGAAAGUGGAUGUAGGCUUCGUCGAGAAGACCAGCCAAAAUCCUGACAUGUAUGGUCCUUUCUGGAUUUGUUCGACCCUGGUGUUUGUUACGGCGUCUUUAGGGAACUUGGCAGCUUAUCUGUCUUACAAAUCAAAGACUACAGGAGGACAUUGGCAUUAUGACAUCAACCUGAUGUCCAGUGCAGCUCUGGUGUUCUAUGGAUAUGUUGGCUUGGUGCCUUUGGCUUUGUAUUUCCUACUAAGGUACUUGGGGGUGACAUCAGGAGUUUUUCAGCUGUGGUGUUUGUACGGGUAUUCACUCUUUGUCUUCAUUCCGGCCUCGUUUCUAUCCGUGGUUCCAUGGGAGAUAGUGCGAUGGUUAGUUGUGGGUGCCGCGAGCUUCAUGUCAGCAAUCUUUGUGGGUGGUAACAUCCGAACACAGAUUAGAACUGCUAAUGAUCGAUGGUUGGCCAUUGUGAUCGGCACUGUCGCUACACAUCUAGCUCUGGGUUUGGUGUUGAAGUUCUACUUUUUCACUUAUUUCCAACAUGACGCACUUUAAGUCUAAAGUGAUUUAGAUACUUUUCUUUCUGUAUACAAACGUAUUCAUAGAUAAAGGCGACUCCAAGCGUAGUUAAACCCACUAUUUCCAGGAUUGUAGAAAACGUUGUUCCACAAUUGAUUUCGCUCCAAAUGCGAGAACUUGCUCUUCUUUGCUACUGUAGGACUAGCUUCUUUCAAAAACUUUAGCAGACGAUAACUCCAACAAGGAUUGUGAAGGUUGUCUAUGGCAUAUUAUUGACUCUUAGUGUGUAUUCAUCCGGCGAACUGGAGAAUUUUUGGAGGGUGGGUGUGCCUUCAGUCUAAAAAUGGAGACAGACGGCUGAGUGAUUUACAGCUGGUUCAGAGCGUGACAUUGUUAGACCAUGGGACAAUGUGGCAGUGGUAAAAAAUAGCCCGUUUGUUCUGCGCACAAGCCUAGGAUGUCACAUGAGGUGACUGGCCAACAGCCUGAAUUUUGGGGAAUUUGUAAAUUGUGGAGAUAUCAUCACAUGGAUAAUUUUCAGAGAAUUUAUUUUCCUUCGUGUCGAGUAGAACAAUUUCUUGAACCACUCUGCAGUUAGUUUAGGAAGCAAAGAGAGGAUCCCUUUACGCCCCUCCCAUCCAUGCCAAGAGAACUCGCUUAGUAGAAUUUUGGACCAAUAUAGGAUGGAAUUUUCCAUCCCAAUCUUUCUUGGUAUUUGUGGGUGGUGUCCAUGUGAUCUAAUAAAAUUUUAUUUAAUGGA